GUACAAAAUGGCAGACGUUCGAAAAUUCAUUGCAAGUGUAAAAAAAAUAAAGUGCGAUAAAAUAAUGUGCCAAACAUACUGACAACGUUUAAAGAUGUCAACUACGGCUGCAUUGAUUGGCCGAUUUCUUGUGUGCUUUUUGACGUGUGGAAUCGUUCUUACAUUGUCGACAUCUACCAUCUGUACACCUCUCUGGCUCGACUCGAUUGGACCAACGAAAAAAGAAACAAAUGCCACAUCAAACAACAGUAGUACACCCAGCUUCCGCCACGUAGAUGGAUUCAGCAUUAUUUUACAAGUGAACAUAGUCUUCUGUACUGUCAGUGGUGUCAUCGUAUUGUGUCUGAAAUUAUGUUCCAAUCAAUUAACUGAUGCUAAUCAAUCAUUUCCUAAGCUGCAGUUUUUCUGGAUAGGAUUCGCUGAUUCACUAUCGUCUAUUUUUUCGGUGUACGCUUCCAGUGGUACAAGAACAGCACCGUACUUACAGGCAUUAGCAAUCAACUUUGCUAUUCCAAUCACAUUUAUUAUUAGAUUUAUUCUGUUGAGGAAAUAUCCUACACGACGAAAGACCAUUGCUGCAUUGACUGUUCUUGUCGCGGAGUUUAUAGCCUUGAUUCCCUCCAUUUUUCCGUCCCUUCAGAGUACAGAAUCUAAGGAUGAGGAAGGAGGUGCGAAGGGUGUGGCCGGAGUAUUGUGGCCUCUGUGUUUCGCCCUGACAUUUAUACCCCAAGGUGUUGUAAACGUUGUGAUAGAGCGGUCAACUAAAACCCAGAUGAAAACUCGAACAGGAGAACUUGACCAAGUCCACCCAUUUUACCUUAUGUUUUGGAGCUUCCUUUUCUGUUGUGUGAGCUUGUUGGCUCUGUUUUGGACAGAUAUCAUACCUGGCUUUGGCAUGACAGAUGGUAUAUCAGAUUUUGGAAAUGUAUUCCUGUUCAACCUCAAGUGUUUCGUUGGACUGGGUCAUUGUAGACCAGACAUGUACAUUUUUGCUUGGACUUGCAUGAUUGCAAUGUUCACAAACAGGAUCCUAGUAGUUUUGUUUCUGCGAUUUUCUGAAGGGGCCAAUUAUCUAGUCAUCAUACAGAGUCUACAGACACCAGUGGUACUGCUAUUUUGGACAUUGUUCCAGGAACAUCCUUUUCAGUGGAAUCCUGAAGGUCAUCUGUCUACUUGGCUGAGCAUAGUGUCUGUGAUCAUCAUACUGCCCGCUAUCUAUGUUUACAACAAGGGGGAUAUGGAGCUGUCAGCAGACAGGGAUAAUUACCAGCCGUUACCAGAUGGUGCUCAGUCCACUAUCAGCUAUCAAUCUAUACAGGCUGACUCACAGAAUGGAUCUGUAUACUCGUGUCAUAUGACUGUCACAGACUGAAAGUCUAAAGUACAUUUAAUAUCAUUGUAUUCAAAUUCACGAAUAGGCAAUUUAAAAACAAAAUACAAAUUUAUUCUGAGCACAUGACGAUGAAAUACAGUAUUGUAUAUGAUAAUAUCAGUAUUAAUAUAUCUGAAAGGUAAAAAUAUUUCAAUAUGCAAAAGAAGUAGAAAUUUACAUUUCAUCACCAUACUAGGUACUUCUCCCAUGAAAACCUGGUAAUACAAACUAAUAUUUGUGUUUCACGUCCUCAGACUUAUCAUCACAUGAUUAAGUUAAUUUAUCUUAUCCUUUAUGGGUUGCGUGAUGUAUGUUCAAGUGUUAUGAGAUAUUUCUUAAUUAUCACUAAUUUUUUCUUAAUUUGUUUUGUGUACUGUGAUAUUUUUUUA